GACUGGGGCGCAGGGCGCAGCUCGGCGGCCGAGUGGAGCGGCGGCGGCGGGCCGAAGGAGGCGGCCGAGCCGGCGGCGCGGCAUGCGGCCGAGCCCGCGGCAGACCCCGUUGGCAGCCUGGGCGACGGACGGGCCCUGCGGGGCGGGGCCGCCGGCAGCUCCGCACAGGAGCGUCGAGGACAGGCCGGCGCCGCCGCGGGGUCCGGCGCAGAGAGCCACGACUCAGGCGGCGGUGGCGGCUGGGGCGGCGGCGGGGGCGGCGGCUGGGGCGGCAGCUGGGGUGGCAGCGCAGGACGCGGUGGGGCGCGUGGCGGCGCGGACGCCAGCUGGCAGAGCGGCGGGGGAGCCAGCUGGUGGAGCGGAAGCAGCUGGGGGGUGGGCGGCGGCGGCGGCGGCGGCGGCCGCGGCGGCGGCGGCGGCGGCGGCGGAAGGGGCUCUGACUGGUGGAGCGGCGGGGGCGUGGACGGCGGCGGCGGCAGCGGCGGGCGGGCCAAGGGGGGCCGCUGGCAGGCCGAGGGCGAGGGGAAGGCUGCCAGGGUGCCCUGGGAUGAGGGGGACCGGCUGCUGCCCUCGGGCUGCGGGGCCGGCGCAGAGGCGCCCUGGGCGCAGCAGCAGUCGCAGAACCAGGCCGCGCUCCUGGAGCAGCAGGCUCAGCAGCAGGUGCUGGAGGCCGCCGCGUGGCAGCGGCUCACGUCCGAGAAGCUGCAGGCCGAGUGGGCGGCCGAGGAGCAGCGCAAGCGCGGGGACAGGCUCGAGGUGCAGCUGAAGAUCGCGACGGGCGAGCUGGAGAGGCUGCGGCAGCAGCUGCUGCAGCGCCCGGUCCGAGGCGAGCUGCCUCCCGCGGGGGCCCCAGAGGGGCGCGCGGCCGAGUCGAUCGGCGACCUGAAGGGCGCCCUGCUGUCGGGGGUCCUGUCCCACGCGCCCCCCGACGCCGCUGCCAACGCAGGCGGCCUGCAGGUCAUCUGCCCCGAGGCCGCUCUCAUAUUCGGGUGCGCCCCACCCUGCCACUGCCGCUGGAGCUGCAGCCCGCUGGGGCGCAAGCCGGGGCCGUGCUGUGCUUCAGCGCCCGCGGCUGCCCGGCCGGGGGCCCUCCGGAGAUCGUGCCGGACAGCGUCUCGCUGGGGCCGCCGGACCCGGGCAGCGGGCGCCGCUCCUUUGUGGGCACCCUGA